AUGGACUUGGACAAUUCCAUUUAUGGCUACCUUCAUGAAGGAGGGGAGAUUGUACCUAAGGAGGAUAAACAAAUACAAUACAAGGGUGGACAACAAAAAGGCAUGUACAUUGGACAAAGGAUGUCAUAUGCUGAAUUUGUUUCAAAGGCAUGUGAACGGUUGGAUAUUAAUUCAAAUGGAUAUACAUUUCAUUACACCCUUGAGCUUGAUCCAUUUGCACUUCAACAGUUGGAUGAUGAUGAGGACUUGCAUAUGAUGUUAUCCCAUAGUUAUGAUUAUGCUCGUAUUUAUGUAUUAAAACGGACUCGAAGAGUAGAAGUUGAAGGAGAUGUUGAGUGUUCAAGCCAACCUUCAAUACGGGGAAGGAGAGGUGCUCGUGUCAUAGAGCAAAGAUUGGUAGACAUUAAUCCAGGGACGAUUGCUGAAUAUAGCACACAAGAUGGGCAUUUUUGGCAAUUGUUCAUUGCACAUUCUUUUUCAAUUCAAGGGUUUUUAAUGGGUUGUCGACCUGUUAUUGCAAUUGACUCAACUCAUUUGAGUGGACUGUAUAGGGGCUCUUUAUUUUCUGCAACAACUUAUGAUGUUGAUGAUGGCAUGUUCCCAAUUGCAUUUGGUGUUGUAAGUUCAGAAAACUAUGAGGAUUGGCUAUGGUUUUUGCAGAAAUUGAAGGGCAUACUUCAAGAUAAAGAGGUAGUCAUAAUAUCAGAUAGGCAUCAAGCAAUCCUUCGUAGUGUUUCUCAACUUUUUGGAGUAGAAAAUCAUGCAUAUUGUUAUCGUCAUGUGAAAGAGAAUUUUAGUAGCUAUGUGACGAAACAUAGUAUGAAGGGAAAAAAAUGUAAAAUGGAUGCAUUGUUGCUACUUGAUAAUGUUGCGUAUGCUAGGUUGGAUGAUGAUUAUGUUGUAGCCAUGGAAAAAUUAAAGACAUAUAACAGUGACCUAGCGAAGUGGGUUGAAGAGAACAGUCCACAACAUUGGGCAAUGUCAAAGUUUGCCAAAAAAACGAUGGGAUAA